AUGAAGGCCUCCUCCCUCCUCGCCCUCCUCGGGGCCGUUGUGCCCGCCCUCGCGGCGAACAAGUACAUCAUCCAGCUCAAGCCCGGCACGAGCCCCGACGCCGUCACGCGGCACCACAACGCCGUGCGCAGCCUCCUUCGGCGCCGCGACGGGUCCGCCGAGGGCACCCUCGACAAGACGUUCCGCAUCGGCGACGACUUCAACGCCUACAGCGGCAGCUUCGACGACGCCGCCCUCGAGGCCAUCGCCGCCCUGGACGAGGUCCUCGCCGUCGAGCUCGACCAGCCCAUCCUCGUCGACCCGACCGAGGCCGAGCAGACGCUCUUCUCCCUGUCGUCGGAGUCGGAGUCGUCCGCCGCCUCCUCCUCAUCCUCCUCCUUUGCGCGCCGUCGCGCCCUGACGACGCAGCCGAACAGCAUCUGGAGUCUCGGCGACCUGUCCCACCGCGCGGCCGGGUCGACCGAGUACGUCUACGACUCGACGGCCGGCGAGGGCACGACGGCCUACGUCUUCGACACGGGCAUCCGCCUGUCGCACGCCGAGUUCGAGGGCCGCGCCAGCUUCGGCAUCAACGGCGUCACCGGCUCGACCGUGUCGCCCGGGUCCAACUCGGACACGGACGGCCACGGCACCCACGUCGCGGCCACCAUCGUCGGGAAGACGUACGGCGUCGCCAAGAAGGCCAAGGUCAUCGACGUCAAGGUGUUUGACGGGUCGACGGGCUCCACCUCGGCCAUCCUCACCGGCCUCGACUGGGCCGUCAAGGACAUCGUCUCCAAGGGCGCCCAGAAGAAGUCGGUCCUCAACAUGUCCCUCAGCGCGAACAACGUCGCCGCCCUCGACAACGCCGUGCUCGCCGCCUACCGGCAGGGCAUCCUCACCAUCGUCGCCGCGGGCAACGACAACCAGCCGGCCACCACGACGUCGCCCGCGAGGCUGCCCGAGGCCUUCACCGUCGGCAUGACCCGCCCGGACCGCGGCCGCGUCAACAUCAUCGAGGGCAUCUACGGCAGCAGCUACGGCCCGGAGCUCGACGUCUUCGCGCCGGGCCAGGACAUCGUCAGCGCCAGCCACACCUCCGACACGGGCACCGCCACCAAGACGGGCACCAGCAUGGCCGCGCCUCUCGUCGCGGGCCUCGUGUGCUACCUCCGGGGGCUGGCCGGCGGUUUCGGCACGCCGAAGCAGGUCACGGACCGGAUCCUCGAGCUCGCCAUCCCCGGCGUCGUCGGCGACCCCAAGAACUCGCCGAACCUGCUGGUGAACAACGGAAGCGGGCGUUGA